UGAUUGUUCAUAAUGCACGGAACCGAACGCGGCUAGACGUGGGAACACAGUGAAAAGAAACGUCUAUUGUGUGCGAAAAAACGUGGUGCGUUGAGAACAGUAUUAAUUAUAAUUAUAAAUAUCGACCGAUUUAAAGUAUUUGUGCAGUAUUUUUGUUUGUUAGUUCGAAUAAAAAUCCGGAGUGCAUCAAUAAUGGCAACCUAUACCCGAAAUGCAAUCACACUCGAAGGUUCGGCUGCUAUUAUUACGGAUUAUCUGAAGUACGCCAUAAACGCGAUCAUUUUCCAGCGAGACAUUUACCCUCCAGAACAGUUCAAUAGUGUGCAGCAAUACGGGUUAACCAUCCUGAUGUGGAAGAAUGAUAUGUUUAACUCUAAACUACAGGGCUUUCUCUUGGAGGCGCGAGCAUUGCUGACCCGAAAUGAGAUCGAAAAAAUAACGCUGACCAUUGAAAACAUGCUCACGUCGGAGGUGCUUGAGAAGUGGGAGUUUACGGUGCACAGUGAAUCACCGAUUGGAACCACCUCGAAGCCGUUGAAAAAAAUCAAAGCAGACAUUCGGAUCGUGUUGCGUCAGAUUGCGGCCACCAUCAGUUAUCUGCCCGCGCUUGAAUGCAGUUGCAAGUUCGAUUUGUCAAUAACAGUGCCGAAAGGCUGUCAUAGCCUGGACCAUUGGAUAACAGUCCCUGUGGUGCAUAUUCUAAAUGCUCAAACCGUUCAGCUGAAAUCGUUUUCCACCGGGCUGCAGAAGGUCGAUACGAUCGUGGAAUACAAGCUGACAGACUGAGGGGACGAGUUUCUGGUUCCAUCUUCUGGAACUGGAAGGUGUGUGAUUUACGAAAUUUGUGUGUGUGUGUAUGUUUGUUAAGUUUUUAAUUUGAACAAUUAUAACAUGUGUUUUAAGUUUAUUAAAUCAAAUAAGAAUAUUAUAUUGGAUAUUAAAAAAUAACCCGCAUACUGUGGA